UAUAUUCUCUCUUCUUCUUAUUAUUAUUAUUGUGGUUCUGACCUAUUUGUUCUUUUCUUCCUUCUCCCUUUUGCUCUUCUUCCUCUGUGUCGUCCCAUCCGAUGGCGGGCUUCGGGGGAAGCCCUUCUGGGCUGGAGCUGACCAUCGCUGUCCCUGGGCUAAGGACCUCUACGGGCUUCGAAGGGGGUGGUUGCAAUGUGAGGGAGUUGGACAUAAAUCAACCUGCUUGUGGGGCUGAGGAGGAUUUCCCCAUGGGAAGCGUAGAGGAGGAGGAAGAUGGGGGAACCCCCAGACCGAAGAAGCUCCGGCUUUCAAAAGAGCAGUCUCGGUUGCUUGAGGAAAGCUUCAGGCAGAAUCACACCCUCAACCCUAAGCAGAAGGAGGCGUUAGCAAUGAAGCUGAAGCUGAGGCCGCGACAAGUGGAGGUGUGGUUUCAGAACCGCAGGGCCAGGACGAAGCUGAAGCAGACGGAGAUGGAGUGCGAGUACCUCAAGCGGUGCUUCGGCUCGCUGACAGAGGAGAACCGCCGUCUCCAGCGUGAGGUGGAGGAACUGCGGGCCUUGCGGGUGGCGCCGCCUACCAUCCUCUCCCCUCACACCCGCCAGCCCAUGCCUGCCUCUGCCCUCACCAUGUGCCCUCGCUGUGAGCGUCUUACCUCCACUCCCCGCCCCGUCGCUGCCUCCGCCGCUGCCACCACCACCACCAGCAGCUUGCCGUCAGCCUUUCCUUUCCACCCCCGCCACCAUCCCUCCUCCGCUGCCUGCUAGCCAUGCAUAUGCUGCAUGUGAGGAACAAAAGAUGAACUCUUUCUGUCUCGAAAGAAGGGAACUUCUAAUCUUUGUGAUAAAUAUUGUAAAUGGAAGAUUUUUUUUU